CUGAAUCGCACAAUCUGACAAGCUCACCAUCACCCACCAACCAACCAAAACAACCCAAUUUUCAUCUUCAGCUUUCUGUUUUUCCGCCAAACAUAUUGUUGAGAGAAUUGAGAUUUUGGUUUCUCUCUGUUUUAUCCUCCCCUCAGAUAACGUUAGAGAGCAAUCAUGAAAUCUCGCUUCACCACAACUGUGUUUCGCGCCCUCAACACUACAAGGGCGUUUUCCUCUUCCACCCAAACUCCAAACCCAUCUUCUUCUCAAUUCCCUCAUAGCCUAGCGGGCCUCCGGGCUCGUCUGGCCUCUGAGUCACCGUCCCUCUCCGAUUUUUUCGAUCUUCAAUCUAGCAAUACUUACUCCGUCGAAGUUGGAACGAAGAAGAAGCCAUUGCCCAAGCCCAAAUGGAUGAAAGAAUCCAUUCCUGGAGGGGAUAAGUAUGUUCAGAUCAAGAAAAAGCUGAGGGACUUGAAGCUUCAUACCGUUUGUGAAGAGGCUAAGUGUCCUAAUUUGGGUGAAUGUUGGUCUGGCGGUGAAACUGGGACAGCAACGGCCACGAUUAUGAUCUUGGGCGAUACCUGCACUCGCGGUUGCAGGUUCUGCAAUGUCAAGACAUCUCGGACACCUCCUCCUCCUGACCCGAAUGAACCUACCAAUGUCGCUGAGGCAAUUGCAUCAUGGGGUUUGGAUUAUGUUGUGAUAACUAGUGUUGAUCGUGAUGAUUUGCCCGAUCAAGGAAGUGGUCAUUUUGCUCAGACGGUUUUGAAAUUGAAGGAAUUGAAACCAAAUAUGCUUGUAGAAGCCUUGGUUCCUGAUUUUCGUGGACACCAUGGAUGUGUGGAGAAAGUUGCAAAGUCAGGGUUGGAUGUCUUUGCACACAAUAUUGAGACUGUUGAAGAGCUUCAAAGUGUUGUGAGGGAUCACCGUGCCAAUUUUAAGCAAUCUUUGGAUGUUCUAAUGAUGGCCAAGGAAUGUGCUCCUGCUGGAACACUCACCAAGACCUCAAUAAUGUUAGGCUGUGGGGAAACACCUGAUCAAAUUGUAACUACGAUGGAAAAGGUGAGAGCAGCAGGUGUUGAUGUGAUGACAUUUGGUCAAUAUAUGAGGCCAUCAAAGCGCCAUAUGCCAGUAUCUGAAUAUAUUACUCCUGAGGCCUUUGAGAAGUAUCGAGUACUUGGCAUGGAUAUGGGAUUUCGUUAUGUGGCAUCUGGUCCCAUGGUGAGGUCAUCAUACAAGGCGGGUGAAUUCUACAUCAAAUCUAUGAUAGAAUCUGAUCGGGCUUCAUCUUUGCCACAGCUGCCUUUGUGAUCCUUCGUUUUUUUUCAUCUAUACAAAACAUGAAACCAUUAAACUGUUUAUUGUUCGAAUGGUAAUUUCUCUGGUAUAAGACCAAUGAGCUUUAGGACAAGUCUUUAGCAGAUUGAUUAUGCAUGAAAAUGAAAAGGUCAUGACCAGAAAAGAUCCUGUUUGGCUUGUACAUAGGUUGCAUGAGCGUGACUGCCCACCUGUCAUGUUGUUUAAUUUUAAGAAUGUUCAGAUUCUGAUUCUUUUAAAUCCGAUUUGUUGUGUUAUUAGAA